AUGAACACUCACGAUAUCAUGAUGGCGAGGCUUCAAGCUUUCAAUGUCUCGCAGGAUGAUGAGCAACGCCUACCCGGUUCGGAAGCUCAAGCACAAGGUCAAGCCAGCAGCAGCUCCUCAAGACGCGAGUAUUUCAUGAAUGCAAUGAGGGAGGAAGUCUCCGACGACAUGUUUUUCCCGACGCCUCAAACCACUCCCCACGCAAGCCCCAUCUCUGAGCCGAAUCUGCAUCCGAAUCCGACCCCGACCCCCCCGAGCCCCGGCCCCAGCCCCCCACGUCGGCCCCUCGUGCGUGUCCGCUCCAUGCCCCCCAACCUUGAUGUCGCUGACUCCUACAUGUAUGGGAGAUUCUCUUCCACGGGCACUACAGCCACAGGCGGGGAUGGAGCCACCACCAAGCCACCCCUCCCCAUCGGCUUGCAGACACCCACACAGGCCUCUGCUCCGAACAGGGUAACCAAGGCCUCCUCCCAUUCUCACCACAAGUCAUCUCGAAGCGGAGAGUUCGUCAUGCGUGAGCUGGAGACGCCCCUGGAACAGACGUUGUAUGCACGGCGUAUGGCAAAGCUUGCCAGGAGGGAGCAAGCUGCAGCGCGGGUGAAGGAGAGGAGAAUGGCCAGCGAGAACAGGAGGAAUGUCACCAGACUCUGGAUAUUGGAACAGCAACUAAUGGCACAGGUUCGCGCAAUGGAUGCAUCGUGGAGAAUAAAGCACCCGGGAUAUGGGAUGAACAAAUUUUCUGCGGCCGCGGACACGGCCGGGGGCGUGCCGCCCCCUUUGGGUUUGGCGAUGGAAGAGGACGGAUCUUCUGGCUACGGCCAGGUC